AUUUUUUUGCUUUAUUUAAAAAAAAAAAGACAAAGUUGUAAAGUAGCGCAUGUUAGCUUGAACGAGGGAGGAAGGAGACACGGUCUGUCAUAAAUUAGAAGCGCAUAUUAGCAGGGGCAGGUGGUACACCAUCAAUGAUGCCGGUAACCACCGAAAUGAUUAGCUGAUCUAUUCAUCCCAAUCCGAUUCCCCACCUCACCCUCACCACCAGUCUCCGACAUCAAGCGCACGUUAGCACACGCCACAACAAGGAAGCGCAAGCUAGCUACCCACGAACAACAACAACAACAACAACAACCUGGGUUGGAUCUAUAUUCUGGGUCGCACAAUCCGAGGUUCAAAUUGUCAAAAACUCGCGCCCUCAGACUCAGAGGGCAAUGGUGGGAUGAGGAUAAAGGUGGAAGAGAAGACAUGGCGAGAGGGGAGUGGAGGGCUCAACGAGGAAAGUGGAUUUGUUCAUACAAGAAAAUCACUCUUGUAGUUUGCUUUUUCAACAUUGCCGUCGCUCUCUUCUGUCUUCGUUCUCUUUAUGCUUCUCUUUACAUCUACUCCGGUAGCGUUGGACGAAACAUUGUGGUGUAUAGACCAGAUCAGAUUCGGAAAAUGGAAGAGUCAAUCCAAAUCCGCAAGUCACACAAACCGGUGGAGUUGAUAAAAUGGGUGGAGGCAUUGGGAGAGGAGUUUUCGAGAGAUAAUGUGGAGGUUGAGUUGCCUCAGCACUUGAAACAGAAAAUAGUUGAUGAGGUCUUGCAAAGACUAGGGAGCUUGAGUAGCAGCAGUACAAAUAUCUCUCACUCUCAGGUCAUUGUUAAGGAGCGAGUUGUAAAUUGGCGUAAGGAAAAGCUGGAAGAGGUUAAGUUGGCCGUCACCGGAGGGGCUUCCAACUCAACUAUUUCUCAUGAAGAGGCAGGAAUGCUGGUAAGAGCUUUGGAGUCCGAUUGGGGUGCACUUUCUGAAGAACUUGGCCUUUGGAUUCCUGUUGAAGUUGCUAAUGAAGUACAUGAUGACAAACCUGAGGGCGUAGAGGAGUUAGAGGAGGAAGUUCUUCCCGGAAGGCCUCUUCCACCGGAGUGCAAAACUGAACUUCAUACAGAUUAUGGUGGUACUGCAGUAAGAUGGGGUCUUACUCACCACAAAGAUAGUGCAGCUGAUUGCUGUCAGGCUUGCUUGGACCAUGCUAAACGUGCCAAGGAAGGAGAUAAGAAAUGCAAUAUCUGGGUUUAUUGCCCAUCAGAGUUUGGGUGUCAUUCACCAGAUAUCUACCAGCACAAACAUCAGGAAUGCUGGCUGAAAUAUGAUGAGAAACCCAAAUUAAAUUUUAAGGAUAGGUAUCCUGAAUGGUAUCGAAACUCACACCCUUCUGCACCGGUGAUCGUUCCAUGGGCUGCUGGAGUUGUUGGUGCAUAAGAUAAAUAACCAACACCAAAGGUAUAACAUGACCGACCAGAGUCCAGAGCUACCUUGUAGAUUACAAGCCUCAAAGCUAGCUUUGGCAAAGCUUUUGUCAUGCUUUGUGGAUUAUACUUAUGUUACUCAACAUGAUUUUGCUUUUCUUAAUCAACGAAAUUAAGUGGGGAGUAAAGGAUUGUCCCCAAUGGCCAUUCCUACCUUUUGGACUUGAUUUUGGUCAUAAUGUGUUAUUUGACUGACUCAUCAUCUCAGUGCCCAGGAUUUUACCCCAAGACCAGCCUAACACUGAGGUGAGGUGACUUAGGUUUGUUUGUUUUAGAUUCUUGAAUGGUGUAAUAGGACUUUUGACCACAGAACCGAAAUUUACUUUCUUUUCAAGUGCAUUGUGAAGUGUUAUUUUCCUGUUUGUGUUCACCAAAAUGUGAAACAAACAUGCACAUGACUGAUGAGGAAGUUGUUUUUUGUUGUGAGCUAUCUGAUAUCAUAAUUCAUUGUACCUGCGGAAUUUGUAAUCCUACUCAAUAUAAUUCCUGUUCAACACAUGUCAUUGUUGAUGAUGAUCAUAAACCAUAUCUUUGCCC